AAAACUUUUCAAGAAAAAUCUCAGAAAUGGCAGGCGAUCUCUUCCGGCGUAACAGGCCUUUCCAUCUCCUCGAUGGUUUCUACACCGAAUGGUCCGAACACCUAACCAAACGCUGCAUCCCUCUCUUCCGAGAUUCUCCUCCUUCCGCCGUCACUAACGGCGCCGUCUUCAACGACUUAAUCUCAUACUACGACACUAUAGACCACUACGCGAACAGAGACACCAUCUUUUACUUCCUCUUCCCCUCGUGGCACGUAAACUCGCUCGAGACCUCGAUCCUCUUCCUCGGCGACGUCCAUCCUCAUCUUUUCAUCAGUCUCAUCCAAUCUUUGAGAGAUCCGAAUCGCAACCACUUACGUCUUGCCCCGUGGAGAGGCUUAGCGUUUCCGGUGAACCACUUCGUCGAUGACGUCAAGAACGAUGUUAACAAGAGCGUCUCUCGUCUGCUAAGUGAGGUGAGGGAAGCGCAGGAGGGUUACAUACAAGGCUUCUCGGAUAACUGGGUCUCGUGGUUUCAUUCUCAGCGUGGGAGACAGAGUGUGACGGUUAUGGAGACAGCGGCUUCAGUGACGUUGGGUGAGGAGUUUGUGAGAAUCUUCCGUGAAGCGAAUCAGCUGAGGAAGAAUACGAUCUUCAACAUUGUUAAUUUAUCAGACGAGAAUCAAGCGGCUCUCUUUCUUGAAGGCGUAUGCGAGUUUCUUGCUGGGUUUAGACAUCAGCUUGCACAUGUACCGGCUCAGUUUUUUCCUAACCAGGUUUCACCACAUUAUCCACUUGCUUAUCAGCAAAUGAUGCAGCAGCAGCCUGAAGGGUUACACGAUAUAUGCGUUUGGAACAUAGACCCGAAUGUCACGCGUGAUAUGCUACGAGAGACGUUCAGACGUUAUCCUUCGGUUAGGGAGGCACAGAUUGUGAAUGACACUGGACGUAGCCAAAAACAUGGUUUUGUUAGCUUUGCAGAUGAAACUGAGAAAAGGCGUGCUAUUCAGGAAAUGAACGGUGCUAUGCUUUUAAAAAAGCCAAUGCAUAUUCGUAGUGCAGCUCACAGCAAUAUCUAAUUAAAGCGGUUAAUUUCUAGA